AAUCACAUCACAGACAUCAACCUGCUUCUAGUCCUGGACGACGAGUCGCCGCAUCUUUGAAAGUUACUAAAGGGUUUUCAUGGAUUUAAUGUUAGCCAGUGAAGAUAUUUGCCCACCGAGAGUCAAGAACCAUUGCCCAUCUGCGUAUUUGGUUGUUUCCAUUGCAUGAACACAGUUAAGUGCUACCACUGGCUACGCUUCGUUGUUUACACGUUAGCUAGCUAACGUUAGAGCUAAUUAAUCUAAUGUUAGCUAACAUCGUCACUGACUGCAUUGCCUGUUUAAUGGCAACAUGUUUUCUUAUAGCUAGCUAGAAGUUGACUAUGUUUAUGUUCUCGUACUAUGCAAACUGGGUCCUUGCAAUAUAAAUGACCGCAUUGUUUUUCAACACUGCAACGUUAACUAAAAGUAACGCAAGCUUAACGUUAACGUACAAUAAAAGUCUUGACACGAUAGCUCUGUUGAGAUAUCUAAACACGCCACACAGGAUAUUUAAUCACAAGGAGAUUGGGUUAUAAAAGCAAAUUGCUGCGAUAGAUGGCUAUUGGAAAUGGCGUAGCUACUUGGCAUGGAAACAUUUCAUGGCAGUCCGUAGAUGUCAGGGCAGAGGAGGGUUUACAGUGGUAACGUUAACCACAUCGCCCCUCAACUGUCUCCGGAGGCCAACUAUAGAAUUAAACAUCAAUCCGUUGUUAACAUUAAACCAUUAUCCCUGAAACAAAGGAACAUGGAGUCCGUUAGGAGUGCUUUCCACGCUCAGCUGGCCACCGUCAUGGACUCGCUUCUGGCAGCCGCUGUGUGCGAGAUCGCCAAGAUCUUUGAGAGCAGCCUGUGUGAACAGCAGGCGGAGCUAGCGCAGAAAACAGAGGAGAUCUCCAUCCUCCGAGGCAAGCUGGAGAGGAGGCACAAGGCGAAGGGUGGAGGGUGCGAGGAAGGAGAGAUGUCAUCAGGAGACAGAGAAGGAAGCUUAAGGCAGCAGACCCUCACAGGAUCAGGACUGAAUGUGGGGAAGGAUAUGUCUUCUCAUUCAGACCCAGCAGAAAGACUCAGUCAGAGCCUCAGCGGCCUGAAAGAAGAGGUCACAGGCGGAGCUUCAGUAAAACAUGAGGUCAUACCCUGUCCUCCUGCUACAGAACGUGCUGGAUCACAACCUACCCUGGGGUCUGUGGCAGUCCAAGUCCCAGAGGGAAGCAUUGCUGCUGGGGACCAGAGGCAGAGAGAUACCCUGUCUGCCACACAAGCUAAGGCCAAAUUGUCUCAUUGGGAUCAGGGCAGUGCAGACCACAGAUCCCUCCAGAAUCAAGCCUCCACCCCUUUUCUCUCCAUCUCCCAGAGCGGGCGUUGCUCCCCCAGGCCUGACCCAAGCCUAGCUCAACCAGGGGAGUGGUUACCGGGGUUGGACACCACUCGGGGUAGGGUGUCCGGUCUGGAGAACCUGCAGGCAGGUGGCACCAGCUGCUCUGAUCCAGCUAGCAGCAGCACUGGCACAGACACACCCUGCUUUCGACCAGGUUUUGGCUCUGACGAAACCAGCAACGAAGAUGAGGAUAGCUCUUUUCCUUUCCUGGACCAGGAGCCUGAGAACCACAACUCCAAUCAGAACUUGGUGCAGAGCCAAGGUGUGGGGCAUAGGGGGGCUCGGCAAGUUCAGCCCCAAGCCCCCUCUGGCGAAUCACCAUGGAGACCCAGAGAUGACAGGGGGGGGAGAGGCCCCAUCAAUCACACACGGCGGGUCACAACUUUUGUCAAUAGAGACCCUCUCCGACCACAGUCCAAUUCACAGUCGCUCACGCUGCGACAUACAAACAGCCUCAGCCCCCCUCCAGCUCCUGGCGGAGGGAGUGGACGACCUUACACCUGUCCAUACUGUACCAAGUGUUUCACCUACCCCUCCCACCAGCGCAGACACCUUUUACGCCACACAGGAGUCAGACUGCAUCCGUGUCAGUUCUGUGACAAGAGCUUCCUCACUCCCUCUGAGCUUACUGUGCACACUCGCACACAUACAGGGGAACGUCCUUUUGGCUGCGCUCAAUGUGGUAAACGAUUCGCCCGCAGCGGGAACUUAAGAGCCCACCAACGUGAUGUUCACAUGGGGAAGAGGCCCUUUGCUUGCACAGAGUGCGGGAAAAGAUUUGCCCACAGGGGGAACCUGAGAGUACACAAUCACAGAGUCCAUCAAGGAGAUCCCUACUACAUGGAUGAUCAGCAGGAGCCUGACAUAGGCCCCAAUCCUAUUUGAAAAGAUUAAAAAAAUGCAAAAUAAACCUUAGGAACUUAUUUCUAAAUGCUAAAAAUAGUAUUAUAAGUAUUGAAAGGUGCUGUACUCAAAAAUAUGAAGAAAAAAAAAACAGCAGGCUGGCAUUGCCUCUCCAUGGCAAUCACCAUUCCCCCAAUAGCCUACAUGAAAUACCUACCUACCUUCUUUCUCGGUCACAUGCACUUAAGUGCACGUGCGGUUGGACUGGCUAUCAAAACAAAGAACAGAGCAGCUCGAAUUACACACCAGUGGUUGCGUUAGACUUUCUUGAUUUCUUGAACAUUUCCACCAUCGUUAAUAUCCUCUGCUCUCCUGUUUCACCGUAAAAAAAAAAAUAUGAAAAGAAGACUGGCCUUUUCUUUACGUGAAGAGCGGAUCUCUGUGGCACAUACGCACCACCAUCGUGCUGCUGUCACGCCUGGUGUAGCCAGAAGAAGAGGAGAGACAAGUGAAGUCGUCGGUACCUGUUACGAGCAGGCUCGAAUUAAAGUUACGGUAGAUCGCCCUCGGAGUUCUAAUCUGUCAAAAUGACGGACGGCCUUCAGAUUGUUCUGUCAUUGCUAAAAAUAUUCCAUCAGUGACUGAAAAUAAUCGCCUACCGCGACCUCUGCAACACACACGGAGGCAGUGUGACUUCAUUCUCUGCUCAGGAUGCCUUUACUUCACUACAUCUCUACAUAUCAAAUAUUUGUUUGCUGCUAUAUUAAUGUGACUACAGCCCCUUUUUAAGGUUUUUGUUUUAUUUGUGUGUUUUUCAAAUUUGAUAAUGGGUGAACAUAAGAUUAACCACCGUCAAAUUCUGUUAUAUGUAAUUAAUACACGGUCAAAGUACAUUUUAUUUGAAUUACUUUUUUUUUUUUUUUUCAAAUAUGAUUCAAUGUCAGAAUUAUAGGUCACACUGAAAAAGAAAACUUUGUAUUAACUGUAUUGUAAAUGGCUGGAUAUAAUCAUCCAUGAAUAAUCUGUCGUAAGAAAUAACGUUUCUCCAGAAUGACACUCUUCCAAUGAUGUUCUUCUCUUAUAAGUGAAAAGUCAAUGAACAGAUCUGAGCACCUUUUCAUGACUUGAAGUGAAAGAACUACAAAUACAAAUACAGGUUUUUAAUGAAGCCAAUAAAGAAAGUCUAGUUGGUAUUAGAUUUAGAUAGGGCUGGGUAUUGUUAAAACAAUUUUGAUACCGUGAUUAUUAUACCGUGUGCUGAACAAUACUUUUUUCGAUACCAAUUUUAUAAAAUCCAUUUUAACAAAAAGAAAUUACAACAUUACAGAGUAAUCUUUUAAUUUAUUUUUCACCUCCUACUACGUGAGCCCUGUCUCUGUGUAACUGAGAGGUUCCUGCAGGACUCUACGAGGUGUAAUGUUAGGCAGCCAAUCAGUAUCAUUAUUACGAGGCAUUUUUCAAUACUCGAUAUUAAGGAGGCAAUUUGGUCGGUACCUAAAAAGUAUUGAAAUCAGUACCCAGCCCUAGAUUUAGACCAGUGGCAUGCAGAGGUUAGAUAGCAUGUCUCGUCCUUCAAAAUUGUGCUUAUGUACUGCCCAUCUUUAAUUUUGACGGAGUUGUAAAAUAGAAACAUGUUAUUGCAACAAGUACAUAACUGUUAAAGAACUGUGCUUUUAUUUUCCAUCCUGUUUUUGCAAAGUGAAAUUAAAUAAUAUACGU